ACGAGCUAGCGGUGGAAGGUAGGGGAGGGGAUCGAUCUGAUCUUGCGAGGAAGCCCUAGGUUCGCCAGAUUCCUUCCUCCAAUAUUUGCAAGGUAUUAUAAGUCGCCAGAAAUUGAUUUUCCCCUUCUUUCCAAGUGAGCCUUCGUAGACAUACACAGCGCGAGGAUCCGAAGAAAUCGAGAGCAGCCAUGGCCGCCGCGAUUCGACAUGCGGCGAGGAGGAUCAGCGUCCAGCGGGUCGUUGAGCCUCCAAGGCUUGUCAACACCGGCCCCGUCAACCCCAAGCCGCAUGGGCUCACGGCCGACCAGAAGGAUGCCGCGAUUCGCAUGGCUCUGAUCGACAAUAAGACAGAGGAGCUCUACAAUCUGGUUGCUGGGUUCAACGCAAAGUACACUGUUAAGGGCAGCGUAGGCCAAAAAUACACCAACCUGAUGAAUCAACUCUCUGUACAAAUCCAACCCAGGCACGAUGACCCUGGCUGGCGCUCGUGCCGGCGAUCAGCCAUCGUUCAUGAUCGCUUCGAAACCGUGGGAGGGCUUUUCAUUGGCUAUGUGCUUGGAGAUGCCUCGUUUCACUGGUACCAUGACAGAGAUCUGUAAGAUGGCCAAGCUCUCAAGAAGCAUAGCGUCUUGCAUCACAAGAAUUCCUAAUGCUGUGUUUGGAUGCGCAGAAUUUGGCCAUGGAAUUGGAAUUUGGGGCGAAUAGGCCCAAUUCGACUGUUUGGAUGGCCUUGGAAUUGAGGCAUGGAAACGUUGGGCAAAUUCCGAGCUGCCCCCGCGCGCGUACCGUUUCACUUGGAAACUUUCCGAGCUCGAGACCUCGGAAACACGUGGAAUCGCUGCCCCCUGCUCGCGUACCCCUUCGUCAACGCAAAACGCAUCAGAGGACGCGAGGGAGUCGGGAGCUCGGCCUCCUCCGCCGGCCAGCGAUGCAGACGUUCCCGGCAGCGGCGGCUCCAGCUCCGGUAAGCCACCCAUCUGCGCCCUCCUCUCCCCAUCCUCGCCCUCCUCUUCCCAUCCGCGUCCUCCUCUCCGGCUCCGGUCGUCCUCAGUGACUCUCCUAACCCUAGAACGGCGGCGGCAAGGAGGGGAACGGCAGGACGGCGGGCGGUGGCCUCU